AUGACCGACUCACCUGUUGAUGGCGGUUGCGCAGAAAAGGCCGCCGAUGUGCACCCGGGAGACAGCACCCGUGGCAGCGAUAUCAUGACGUCCGCCACUGGGGGGGAUGGUAGGGGCAGAGGAGGGCGAGGGCGAGGAGGACGAGGGGGACGAGGAGGAAGAGGGGGGCGAGGAGAAGGAGGAGGCGGCGGCCGCGAAAGUCAAGUAUCGAGGGCGCUGUCGAGACUGCUGAGGCACCAAGCGGAGAAUGCGGGCAUCAAGUUGGAUGAAGAAGGGUUUGCACCCCUCGAUAAAGUGCUUUCAUGGGGGCCCCUACGGUCACUGAACGUGUCCCUCUCCGAGGUGCAGUCCGUUGUCGCGUCCAACGAGAAGCAGCGGUUCGCCCUCAAGCCCAAGCCCAGGCCUGAUUCCCAAGCCGCUUCCCAUUCCCUUUCCACUUCCACUUCGCCCCCUUCUUCGACCGAGAGCAACUCAGCAAGCGACUACCUUAUCCGGGCCAACCAAGGCCACUCGAUCAAGCUCGAGUCCGCAUCCGUCCUCCAGCCUGUGACGCUCGACGACGUGCCCCCACGCGUCCUCCACGGCACCUACUAUGCCUUUUGGCCCUCCAUCGUGGCCGCAGGCGGGCUGAAACCCAUGGGUCGCACGCACGUGCACUGCUCGACGGGCACGCCCGAGGAGGGCGUCGUGAGCGGCAUGCGCAGGGACGCCGAGCUUGUCAUCGAAAUCGACGUCCAAGGGAGCCUUCGGGCCGGCGUCACUUGGUGGAGGAGCGACAACGGGGUGCUGCUGACCGAAGGCGGCCAAGAUGGACUGCUGAGCACCACAUUUUUCAAGAAGGUGACGGGGAGGGCGGCCGACGUGGCCGUCCUGUGGGAGAACGGCGAGAAGGUGGCGGAUCUGCCGCCGGGUAUUCAAGGCAAGAUUCUACACGGCAAGGGACACGGCAAAGGACCCCGUACGGGCGGUCGACGGGGAGGAAGAGGAGAUCAUGAACAAGGCUCAUAA